GUUGAUUGCUUACUAGACGCUUCACCGUCAGUCAGAAGGUUGAUAAUAGCAAAACGAUGGGAGUCGUACAGUCCAAGUAGGUUUCGCCCCCACUAACAGACCCGUUGAUCUGUUUAGCCACCUCAUCUGCUGCUUUUGCAGCUUCAAAUAACGCAGACCUCCCCUCCCUCCCAAGGACACGAGGGAGACGAAGUUUCCGCUCCGGUUCAUAAUGUUCAACUGCGCUAGUGAUGGGGCUGUCUUCUGUGGCGGAUGGCGUAUUCAAGAUUUGUGCCAGCAGUUGUUCUUCCUCGGGCGAAAAAUCAGAACCGUAAUUGCGUUCCUCGUCUUCAAGAGCUGCAGCUACCGCCGUUGAUGUACGUGUAGCAAUUCUGGCAGGACUGUAGGUGGCCAUACCGCAAAUCGUCCAUCGCGAUGGUCUGGGUCAUAAUCGAUGACGACUUCGAGUCUUGCUUAUCGCGAAAUAGGCGCGACCCCACGGGAUCUGGAUUUAUCCGGAUUAUCGCCGCCUAGCGCCAUUACAACACUCCCUCAACUCCUUCUCAAGCUUUCAAAUUAGAAGUCGCUUCCAUCAGGGGUAAUUGUUAUUGAAAGUACCAAAAAUGUUCCCUCAAAAGCUGAUGCCUCGCAAUUUGUCUUUUUGAACGGUCUUCCGUCAAGGUGCUAUACGAGUACUCCUCUCCCUUCACCAUUCAAUUGGCUAAGCCACCAGAUUGCAAGUGUCCCUCAGAUCUUUUUACGUGUGCCCCGACGCUCUUCAAUUUCUCCGAUAUGUUCCAGUCAAAUCAACAGCUCCUUCGUAUUCAGAAUGUGGAUAUUUCAUGAUGCAUCGUCAUCCGAGACUUCGCCACUCAUUUGGCAGCCUGGAGUGUCACUAGGCUACCUCGACAGGAUCUGAAACGUGGAGGCUACCUCCAAUAACAACAUUGUACACAACACUUUUCCCGUUUGCUUGGUGCGCAAAAACUAAAGAAAAUACCAAGCAGCCAUCCUGUUACUCAGCCCAGGCAAUAGAAGACAUAUAUUUCCACUUGCUACCCGUCAGACAAACGGAGAGACCAAUCUCGAGGUCUGUAUUUGAAUCGACGCCUCGUACCUGCAUAGUCUCCAACUUCAACACGAUAAGGCUUCGCUGAACUAUAAGCACCACGUGCUCUAAUUCAUCUCGAAAUAUCGAUGGAUAUUCCUCUUCAUCAGUAAUUAUUCAAGUUAUAUUGACACGAAAAGAGAUGGCAACAACAUCAGCAAUAGGACCAACAUCAAAAAUGCCUACCCACUCUCACUUGGCGUCGCCUAAACGAACCUUCACUUCCCUCCCAACCGAAAUCCACCUUCUCAUCGCUUCAAACCUCACCUACCCAGAUGCUCUCUCCCUCAAGCACACCAACCAAUAUUUCUACUCCCUCGUCUACACAGGGGUAAAUCUGAAAAUCGAGUGGCUGAUCGAGCGUCGAAGAUUGCAUCUCGAUUGUCCCCACGACAAAGGGUGCGAACUCGGUAGCGAUAUGAGAUUCUGUCGGGGAAGCGUUAGGUAGUGCCCUCGUUAUCGGUGUUGAUCCGUCUCUGUACAAUAUGUCUAAUCAUACUAUUCUAGACUUCUAAUGAAACGACGUCGUGAACACGGCGAGUGCGAGAGUCGUCCCGAUGGUCGAGGUUGUCUGGUUUUCGGUACGAAGAUUUGCACCUACAAGAAGGAAGAACUUGGCAUGUUGGCGGUGUUCAAGGGAUUCUCUUGGAGUGUCAUACGGAGAGUUGGGAUGUUUCUUUGGUGGGUUAGCCUUGCUCUGCUCGGGGCGGGUGUGGCGUGGUUUUGGAUGGAGCAUCAACGACGGAGAGAAAUUCUUUUGGCUGGCGGUAGCGAUUCCUUGGUUGGAUCGUGA